AUGAUGACGGCUGCUACCGUACGCGCUGGGAAGCGUGAGUCUUGCUUCUCGGGCGGGGAGGGUGUGAUUCAAAAUGUCGGGCAUGAUGGAGUCGGGGUGAAUGUCCUCGUGGACCUGGCUCAUCGCAUGCGGACUCUGGUGGCAAAGGGAAGUCACAACAGCAUGAACACGGUGAAGUGUUUGACGUUUUCUGUUCAACGGUAUCAAUCGGGGCACAUGGGACUGAAAGAAAGAUAUCCCAUUACAGUUACAAGGCGAAUGGUGUGGUGUGCCUUCCCUGAGUUUCAAGGAAAGAGAUCAAUUGAUGGAACCACAGCCGUGCCAAGGUUGAUUGCAGGAUCACGACACACACGAUGGAUGGAGUAG